CCUAUCACAUGUGGUUUCUCCGUUCGUGUGGUAGAUUUUACCCCGGUACCGCCCGUUCCCUUUCCCGUGUGCGCUCCCUGAUGCAGGUGUUCCGUCAGACCGUCAACCCGACCACAGGCCGGACCGAGUGGGCCGCCAUGGACGAGAACUACGACUAUAACCAGGAGGUGGCGAGGUCCUCCUAUACAGACAUGCUGCAUGAUGAAGAGAGGAAUAAGAAGUACAAGGCAGGUUUGGAGCUGGCAAUCGGGUGUGUCCGUGGGCGUGGUCAGCGUGCACAUGUGCUGGACAUCGGGACGGGCAGCGGUCUGCUGUCCAUGCUAGCCGCUCAGGCCGGAGCAGACAGGGUCACCGCUUGUGAGUGCUUUAAGCCCAUGGCAGGAGCAGCAAAGAAGAUUGUCCAGAUAAAUGGCUUUUCUGACAAAAUCAAGGUCAUCGCUAAACGCUCAACUGAGAUGACAGCUGGUCCAGGUGGUGACAUGGAGGAAAGAGCAAACAUUUUAGUGGCAGAACUUCUGGAUACAGAGCUGAUUGGGGAAGGAUGUCUGUACACGUACCAACAUGCACUGGAACAUUUAGUCACUCCAGACUGUAUCUUCGUGCCCCAUGCUGCUACCGUCUAUGCACAGGUGGUGGAGUCAGACUUCAUGUGGAACUGGCACAGGAUUCAGGAGCUACCACAGCCAGGUUGUGAGAAAGCUUUGGUGCCCUCCGCAGACAUGGAGGCCUGCAUGGGGGCUGCAGCAGUCCAUGAUAUACAGCUCAGCCAAGUCAAGCAGGAGCAGUUCAAGCCCCUUACAGAGCCCAUCAAAGUCUUCAGGUUUGAGUUUGACCAAAAGAUGGAAUCUCUGGACCGCAGGGUGGAUCUGAAUGUGCCAGUGACAGACAGUGGUCAGGCACAGGUGGUCCUGAUGUGGUGGGACAUAGAGAUGGACCCAGACAGCUCAGUCCUCCUGUCUGUAGCACCGUCCUGGGCACAUCCUACACCUCAUAACAUGCAGUGGCGGGACCACUGGAUGCAGGCCGUGUAUUUUAACCACCAGUCCAUCCCUGUGGAGAAAGGUCAGCAGGUGGCGCUGCAUGGCAGACAUGAUGAGUACAGUCUGUGGUUCCAGGUGCAGCAACAGGGGUCAACGAACUCUACAGGGACAGAGGUCAGCCUGGAUAGACCUGUGUGUCGCUGUGGAGGUCACAUGGUGUGGAGUCGGCCGCGGCUGGGCAUGCUGAACGACAGGGCCAGGUGGCACACAUAUGCAGCUGCCCUGAAACAGGUGCUGGCACCCGGGCACACCUGUGUGAGUGUGAGCGAUGCAUCAUGGGUACCACUCAUAGUAGCACAACUUGGAGCACAGGAGGUUUUUACACUAGAAAGUUCUGACCUUGGCUCAAGAGUUACACACAAGUUGAUAGAAGCCAACAGUCUGCAGGACAGAGUUCAUGUGGUUCAGGGUACAGAGGAGCAGUUACAAGCUGCACUGAAAGACAAGAAAGUUGCCAUGGUGAUAGCGGAGCCGUACUACACGUCCAGCCUCCUGCCGUGGCACAGCCUGUACUUCUGGUACGUCUGCACGCGACUCCGCACACAGCUGCCAGAGGGCGGCGCCGUGAUGCCUGCAGGGGCGUCGCUGGUUGCCGUAGCAAUGGAGUUUGAGAACCUGUGGCGGCUGCGGGCUCCCGUGGGGAGGGUGGAGGGGUUUGACAUCAGCGUCAUGGACCAGAUGGUCAAGGACCAUUCUAACCAGACAGACGAGCGUGUGGAGCCCCACCCCCUGUGGGAGUACCCCGGGGUGGGGAUCAGCGACCCUGUCACGCUGAUGAACUUCGACCUCACGCGGCCCGUUCCCGCAGAAAACAUGGUGGUCACCGGAGAAAUCCCCUUCACUUGUUCUGGCUCCUGUAAUGCGGUGGCCCUCUGGAUGAACUAUGACCUCCUCGGCGACGGCCGCUACACCAUCAGUACCGGACCCCAUACCCCUUACACGAGCGGCCGCCCCCCUCAGUGGGACCCCCACAUCAGGCAGGGGGUGUACUUCAUGGACCAACCAGUACAGGUCACACCAGACUCCAGACUCACUUAUCGUGUAACCUUCUCACCUAAAGAUGGGCAGAUGGACUUCCAGUUUGACAUUAAGAAUUCUUAGGGAAAAAAUUCAUUUUAA